UUCGAGCUCAGCUUCUUCCCUGAAACGCGGUCUCGUACUGUUCCCGUCUCUAAUGAUCCUUCUUCAAUGGCGAUAUCCGUACAACACGUCGUCGUUUUACUCCUCUCCUCUCUACUCAUCGCCAUCACCGUCUUCCUCUUCACCUCCGAUAGCGCCAGAUUCUCCUACCCUUCUCUCUCCGCCGAUUACACACCAAAACCCAAAUCCCCAAAUCCUCAAACCGUCGACGUCUCCUCCGAUCAAACUCCGCAGAAGAUGAAGCUAAACGCUUCCCACGAGGAGGUGGAGCUGAAAUGGGAUCUGUGUAAAGGCGCAGAAUCUGUUGAUUACAUACCUUGUCUAGAUAAUUACGACGCCAUUAAGCAGCUCAAAUCGAGGAGGCAUAUGGAACACCGUGAACGGCAUUGCCCUGAACCAAGCCCGAAAUGUCUCGUACCCUUGCCGGAUAAUUAUAAGCUGCCGGUUCCGUGGCCCAAGAGUCGGGAUAUGAUAUGGUAUGACAAUGUUCCUCACCCCAAGCUUGUUGAAUACAAGAAGGAACAAAACUGGGUUAAAAAAACCGGUGAAUUUCUAGUUUUUCCUGGAGGAGGUACUCAGUUCAAAUUCGGGGUUACUCAUUACGUUGAGUUCAUCGAAAAGGCUUUACCGAUUAUCAAAUGGGGGAAAAACAUAAGGGUUGUAUUAGACGUUGGUUGUGGCGUCGCUAGCUUUGGCGGGUUUCUAUUAGACAAAGAUGUCAUUACGAUGUCGUUUGCGCCUAAAGAUGAACAUGAAGCUCAGAUUCAGUUUGCGUUAGAACGAGGAAUACCUGCAACACUUUCUGUUAUUGGAACGCAACAGCUAACAUUCCCGAGCAAUGCAUUUGAUCUGAUCCAUUGUGCACGGUGCAGAGUCCAUUGGGAUGCUGAUGGUGGGAAACCGUUGUUGGAGCUCAAUAGGGUACUCAGGCCAGGAGGUUUCUUCAUAUGGUCUGCAACGCCGGUUUAUCGAGAUAAUGACAGAGAUAGCAAAAUUUGGAAUGCGAUGGUUUCUCUGACUAAAUCCAUAUGCUGGAAGGUCGUGACAAAGACAGUUGAUUCCUCGGGAAUCGGACUCGUGAUCUAUCAAAAGCCAACUUCAGUAUCAUGCUAUAAUAAACGCAGCACGCAAGAUCCACCUCUAUGCGUUGAAGAGGAAGUAAAUGCUUCAUGGUAUGCUCCUCUUCGCCAAUGCAUUUCCAAAUUACCGAAGGGGAAUGUCCAGAGUUGGCCUGAACUAUGGCCUAAACGGCUUGUGAGUGUUAAACCUCAAAGCAUUUCGAUUGAAGCGGAAACAUUCAAGAAAGAUACAGAGAAAUGGUCAGUGGUUGUAUCUGAUGUCUAUCUUGAACGUUUAGCUGUAAACUGGUCGAGCGUGCGGAAUGUGAUGGACAUGAACGCCGGUUUUGGCGGUUUUGCUGCUGCACUUAUAAAUCGACCUCUCUGGGUGAUGAAUGUUGUUCCUGUGGAUAAACCUGACACUCUCUCCAUCGUUUUUGAUCGAGGCUUGAUCGGAGUUUACCACGAUUGGUGCGAGUCCUUGAACACUUACCCGAGAACAUACGAUCUGCUACAUUCCAGUUUUUUCCUGGGUGGUCUCACAAAAAGGUGUGACAUUGUACAAGUGGCAGCUGAGAUUGAUCGGAUAGUGAGACCAGGCGGAUACCUUGUGGUACAAGACACCAUGGAAACGAUAGAAAAGCUUGAAGCCAUACUUGGUUCGCUUCAUUGGUCAACCAAAAUAUACCAGGAGCGGUUUUUGGUUGGUCGGAAGGGAUUUUGGCGUCCCGAUAAAUCGGAGAUCUGAUAAAGAGGAAGAGAACUUAAAGAAGCAUAAUAUAAAGUAGCUAAGUGGUUUCAUUUGUACACUAUCAAUGACACGACCAGAUUAUAUCAAAGUUAUAUACCCAUUUCUGAUUUUGAACGAAAUCAAGUUACUGAAAUCGAAAAUUU